AGCAUUUGACUGUGGCUUGGGACGCGACGAGAGGCGCACAGCGACCGCCCGAAGGCCGGCGCUGGUCUAAGCGCCGCUCGGCCUCCCCUCCCGCGAGACGCCGCCGGACCCUGCUCGCGCCCUGCCAGCACACACCCCCGCCCGGGCUCGGCCGCCUCCCCCGCGCUCCGGCCCGCUUCGGCGCUCCGCGGCCAAGGCCAGCCCUGGGGUGGCGCGGCGCCCGCCAGGAUGAGUGGCUCCUUCGAUCGGAAGCUCAGCAGCAUCCUCACCGAUAUCUCCAGCUCGCUUAGCUGCCAUGCGGGCUCCAAGGACUCGCCCACCCUGCCCGAGUCUUCCGUCACUGACCUGGGCUACUACAGCGCUCCCCAGCACGACUACUACUCGGGCCAGCCCUACGGCCAGACCGUGAACCCCUACACCUACCACCACCAGUUCAAUCUCAACGGGCUUGCGGGCACAGGCGCCUACUCGCCCAAGUCGGAAUAUACUUACGGAACCUCCUACCGGCAGUACGGAGCGUACCGGGAGCAGCCGCUGCCUGCCCAGGACCCAGUGUCGGUGAAGGAGGAGCCGGAAGCCGAGGUGCGCAUGGUGAACGGGAAGCCUAAGAAGGUCCGAAAGCCGCGCACCAUCUACUCCAGCUACCAGCUGGCCGCCCUGCAGCGCCGCUUCCAGAAAGCCCAGUACCUGGCGCUGCCCGAGCGCGCCGAGCUGGCCGCACAGCUGGGCCUCACGCAGACACAGGUGAAAAUCUGGUUCCAGAACCGCCGCUCCAAAUUCAAGAAGCUCUACAAGAACGGGGAGGUGCCCCUGGAGCACAGUCCCAACAACAGCGACUCCAUGGCCUGCAACUCCCCACCGUCACCCGCCCUCUGGGACACCUCUUCCCACUCGACUCCGGCCCCCGCCCGCGGUCAGCUGCCCCCGCCGCUCCCGUACAGUGCCUCCCCCAGCUACCUGGACGACCCCACCAACUCCUGGUACCAUGCGCAGAACCUGAGUGGACCCCACUUACAGCAGCAGCCGCCUCAGCCGGCCACCCUGCACCAUGCCUCCCCUGGGCCCCCGCCCAACCCUGGGGCUGUGUACUGAGCACCCACCUGGCCUGAACCUCCCACAAAGGACCCCCAGGACCUGGCCGAAGGUGCCUCCGUCCUAGCUGACACUCAGGAAUCAUCAAGGAGCACAGGGGAAAGGGAAGCCCUUUUUCCCCUUCCCUUGCCCCUUCCUCCAGGGACUCAAGAGCUCCAGAUGACAUUUGCAUGGACCAACGAUGUCCCCUGAACCUCUCUUCCCCUGCCUAGACACUGGGGUACUCCUCCAGAUGUUGGGGCACUCCACUCCAGCUGGGACAGCUGUCCCCCUUCUGCUCCAGGAGUCUGGAUUGGCUUUUCAUGGCUUAUCACCUUCCAGCCUCUAAAACUUAGCAUUGGUUUCCCAGAGUGGAGAUCUGGGGGCCUGGGGGCCUGUGAAGCGUUUGUGGAUGCCAGGAUCUGCCAGGCCUGGUUCCUCCUAAGCCACCUGUGGCUCUUCGCUCCUCCAGCAUCCCCUCUGCCAAAAAGACAUUGGACAUCGUGACUGGGACUCAGGGUGGGGACCUCAAGCAGCCCCGCCUCACACUUCUAGUCCUCAUUUAAGAUUUGAGGGUUAAACCAAAGAAAAGCCCCCAAGUGGGGGAAUCGUUUAAUAUCUGUGGCUUUAGAGGGAAGAACUCAAGGAGUCGUCUCUCUCCUCUCCCUGCCUCUGGUCGGAGAGGAGGGGUGGGUCUCAGAUAUCUUUCCUAAGGACUCAUUUCUUCUUCCAUGUACAGGACUUUGCACAACUUUGGUUUUAAAAGCUGUUGAAAAAUAGGAAAACAAAGGGCAUUGUUAACAGAUAGGACCAAUCUCCCCUGCGUGGGCACCUCUGCUCUGCCCCGCCCCCACCCCACCUCUUCCUCUCCUCCAGUAAGUUGGCAGUUUUGGCGCCAAACCCCAAAUCUCCAAGGAGACAUACCAGGCAAGACAAACCCCAAAACACCCCCUUUCCGGUGGCCUUGGAAACAGAUUGCACAGGCCUGAGAUGGAGAAUGUUGGGUGAGGUGCACAGGGAGAAAGGGGAGGGUUGUAGCUUGGUGCCUUUAGGGGUGAGGGGGUGGCUGUCUGGAGGGCUGGUGGCGCUGCCCCUCCCUGGCCCAGACAUCCCCCAGAGCUAACUUUCCUCCACCCCUGAUGUGGUCAAACAU